AUGGUGUUUGGGUUAGCGGCACAACUCUCAAAGGACUACACCAUCAGAGCCAUGGAAGUGACAGUCAAGAAAUCCAAUGCAUUGGACAAUUCUGCCACAAGAGGCCUCAUUAAAGAGAAUUCCACAGCAAUGGACUGGUGGAGGGACAACUUCUGGAUCGUCUUAGCUGUGACCAUCAUCGUUGUCUCUGUGGGCCUGGGCUUAAUUCUGUUCUGUGUCUGCAAGUCAUGGGUAGUUGCCAAGCCUUUGAAACAAAACCAAAGAGAUGAAGAAAAGGUGUAUGAGAAUGUUCUUAAUCAGUCACAAAUUCAACUACCUCCUUUGCCACCUAGGACUUUUCCUUCUCCUGAAGAUGCACCUCCACAGAAAACCCCAAGUCAGCAGUUAUCAACAUACUCAUCAGUUCAUAAAGAUAGAAAUAAAAACACAGUUUCCAUCCCAAGCUACAUUGAGCCUGAAGAGGACUAUGACGACGUUGCAAUACCUACAACUAUUAUUUCUCAGCUGCCUGCUUCUCAAUAUGAGUGGGAUCCUGGAAGUCCCUGUGUAGCCCUGGGGGUGACAGGAAUACACAAAGUGUGGCUCUCAACAUAG